AGUCUCUGUACCAGUCUCCUGUGUCCACCUAUUCUAGCAAGUGCAGCUCCUACGCCUGCGGGCUGACACACAAUAAAGGCAUGUCUAAGGAGGCUUAUUGCAAAUCGGAGGAGUUUCCAGUGGGGGAAGGACUUUUUUUCAUUGCCUGGAGUUUGAAUGAGUGGAGGGCUGCUUCAGGAACUUGCCUGGCUGUGCCUCAGCCCACCGUAUGCAUGCUCAGGGACAGACUCGUCCUUGGACCUGACCGUUGGGCACAACCCCACAUGCCAGCCCUUGGGAGGGUGAGUGCCACUGCUGCCCAAACUGUCUCACAGUGGAAGAGACUGUGCAGCCCCCCUGCUCCUCUGCUGGACCUUCUCUAGUUGGAUGUUGCUUUGCUCAGAGAGGCAGGGGAUAUCAUCAUGGAGAUUUCAUCAAAAGAAAACACUCAGUUUUUCUCAAACAACACAAUCCUGCCUGUUGACCGAUCUUCAUUCAAAUCUGAAUCUUCUGCAUCCAAGGAAAAACAGUCGUGUUGUGGAGGUAUAAAGAUAUUUCUUGGUGCAUUGUCUUUUGUUUAUUUUGCUAAAGCACUGUCAGGAAGUUAUCUAAAAAGUACUAUCACACAAAUAGAAAGAAGAUUUGACAUCCCUUCCUCUUUGGUUGGCGUUAUUGAUGGCAGUUUUGAAAUUGGGAACCUCCUAAUCAUAAUUCUUGUAAGCUACUUUGGAGCGAAGCUUCACAGGCCAAGAAUAAUUGGAGCAGGCUGCUUAAUUAUGUCAGCUGGAACAUUCCUAAUUGCGAUGCCCCAGUUCUUCAUGGGACGAUAUCGGUAUGAAAGAUUCCCUUCCACCAUCAAUUCAACUGUUAGCAUCUCUCCAUGUCUGCAGGAUAAAAGCCAAACUCCACUCUCAGCCUUGGAAAAAUCUCAAGCAAAAAUAAAUGCAGGAUGUGAAAAAGAAGCAGGCUCUUCCAUGUGGAUCUAUGUUCUACUGGGAAAUCUUCUGCGUGGAAUAGGCUGCGUACAGACAGUUGCAAUUAUAGGGCCAAUAUUUGGCUUUCUUCUAGGAUCCCUGUGUGCCAAACUUUAUGUUGACAUUGGCUUUGUAGAUCUGGACAGUGUAACAAUAACUCACAAGGACGUGCAGUGGGUGGGAGCCUGGUGGCUGGGCUACUUAAUAGCAGGUGUGAUUAGCAUUCUGGCCGGCAUCCCCUUCUGGUUCCUACCAAAGCACCUCCCAAAACCAGAGAGCAGAAAGGACUCCAGUACCUCCUCCGAGCAGUCAAAGUUCAUCGCUGAGGAUAACAAGGACCAACACAAAUCUUAUCAGCAACAAGUGAAGAUUGCUGAGAUGGCAAAAGACUUCUUGCCAUCACUGAAGAACCUCUUUGGGAAUCCUGUUUACAUUCUGUAUUUGUGUGCAAGUAUCAUUCAGUUCAAUUCUUUAAUUGGCAUGGUGACAUAUAAGCCAAAGUAUAUUGAACAACAGUAUGGGCAAACAUCUUCAAAAACUAAUUUUGUUAUAGGUCUUAUCAACAUUCCUGCUGUGGCCUUUGGCAUAUUCUCUGGGGGACUGAUCAUGAAAAAAUUCAGAAUCAGUGUUUUAGGGGCUGCAAAACUCUCCCUGGGAUCAUCUUUCUUUGGUUACCUUUUGCUCCUCUCAUUAUUUGCAAUGGGCUGUGAGAACUCAGAUGUGGCCGGACUGACCGUGUCGUACCACGGAACUAAACAGAUGACUGAUUACGAGCAAGCCCUGUUUUCAGAGUGCAAUUCGGGCUGUGCAUGUUCCAAGAAUGACUGGGACCCCAUCUGUGGGGAAAACGGAGUUACCUACAUUUCUGCUUGUCUCGCUGGCUGCCAAGCAUCCAACGGCAGUGGGAAAAACACCGUAUUUUUUAACUGCAGUUGCGUGGGAACCUUGCAAUCUCCUUCACGAAGCUCCUCAGCUGUGGUGGGACCAUGUCAAAAAGGAAAUGAGUGUCCAAAAAUGUUUCUGUAUUUUCUAGUAAUAUCAGUUAUCACUUCAUAUACUCUGUCAGUAGGUGGCACACCUGGAUACAUACUGCUUCUAAGAUGCAUUAAACCACACUUGAAAUCAUUUGCACUUGGUAUCUACACCCUGGCAAUAAGAGUACUUGCGGGAAUUCCAGCCCCAGUGUAUUUUGGAGUGGCCAUAGAUACCACCUGCUUGAAAUGGGGAAGCAAAAGAUGCGGGGGAAGAGGAGCGUGCAGACUCUACGACUCCAGUGCACUCAGGUACGUGUACCUGGGGCUGACUUUGGUGUUGGGCACGGUGUCCAUUUUCUUCAGUGUUGCUGUCCUUUGGGUUCUCCGGAAAAGGUCUUCUCCACAAGAUGAGACCCUCUCAGCCAACGGGGAGAGAGGCACCUGUGGGACAAAGAGCAGGAAAGAUAAUUUUGUUAAUAGUGACCGUUUAAUUCAGACAACUUACUGGCCAGAAAAGGAGACUAGACUUUAGGAAGACUGAGAUCUCCACCAUGACUUUACCUUAUGAGUGGUGUUCCGGGCAAAAAAUUCAUCAUCAGUGAAGCGGUAUCUUAGUAUCCACCCUGAAAACGUUCACCUUUGUGUAAUUUUCACUGUAAACAACAAAAGCAAAGACAACCAUUUUAGCACACAUACAGCUCUGAAAACACUGCUCACCAUUUGUCCAGCCGAGUCAGUGCCACUCAAGUGAGGGGAUUUGUUAUGGCUGGGGAGGUGCAGCUUGCUCCCUGGCCGAGAAGCCAGUUUUAUGGCUGCCCCUCAGCUCCAUCCCUCCUCGUCAAGCUGCAAGAGCCGCUGCUGCCCCUCGGCUUCCUUCCGUGUGUGAGGGGUAGUGGGGAGGCUGCAAUACAGCUCGCUCCACCAUGGUACCAGCAUAAAAGGAGCUGGUGCACAAAACCCGACUUGGCAACCUGGAAGGUGCAAGGAUAUUCUGCACAUAGCUCACCUUUGCAAGCAGUGUGGCACAGGGCAGGAGGAAGGUGGUUUCCUGGAAGGACAAAUCAGCUACAGGCUCUGGGCAUCUCCUGAAUUCAACCCGUAACACUUAGGACAUCAAAUGUUGUGGUUAGGGUUUCUUUUUCAAGUAGGUCUCUUCUAGCACAACAAUAAUAGCAAUAGAAGUUGUCAUUGCAGUCAAAGAGACCACAAAAGUAUCAUCCAAAGGAAACUGGAAUAAAAAUAGAGCUUUUUUAGGUUUCCAACAGUUUCUUGCUACUUGCUAGUACCUGGUGUACUGAAUAAUUCCAUGCAUUUUAUGCAAUGUAAUAACACCAUGAUACAAGAUACAUAUGAUUUAUUUUUUAAAAAGCUAUAACAAGACAGCUUGGGAACAAUAAAAUGAAUUCAAAGACCAGGUGAUUUGGGACUUUUAAUUUAUUGUAUUUGCUAGCUGAAACUAAGACAUGUGUCAUAGUAUCCCUUUAUAUAUAAUUUUUGCAGUUUGACAAUAUUUGGUGUUAAAUAAAUUUGGGGUGGGGAGUACAAUGGAAUGCUGUUUAACAUCGAACAAAAUCUCAAAAAUGCUUGCACUGAAAAAGAUAGUGACAGAACCACUACAAAUGAUGUCCUUUAAAGCAACUAGAAUUUUAGAGCACAUGAUGAAAGUUAGGCUUCACCCUUCAUCAUGAUAUUGGCAAAACAAACUCAUAUCACAUGCAUCACUUGCAUCUCAGCAGUGACUGUAGGUACCCUGCUGCCUAGCUGAGCUUGCAGGUCAGAGGCAGGUGUGGAGCCUCUCCUGUGUGAUGCAUGAGGAGGGGCAGAUGUAUAAGAAUGGGAUUCACUGAGC